UCUCUCUCUCUCUCUCUCUCCUUCCAUUUUCGAUCUCGCUUGGAUUCACAAAUCUCAUGCUUCUAAUUCCAAUUUGGGGAGCGCUUGUUUCAAAAUCUAUGCUUCGGAUCGGAAGCGGAGAGCUCCGUGAGAGCGAUUGAGCUUCGAACGAGCCCCAGUUCUAAAUCCCGGGAAUUAAACGAUUUUGAAGAGUGAAUGGAGUCCGCGAGACACGCACAUCCUCCCAAUUUGGGCACCCUGGCGAGGGCUUAUACGAAGAUCCUCCGCCUCCGCCGCGCCGGCGCCGCUCCGGCGGGCGGAGGCGGCGGCGGCGGCGGAGUCGCCCCUGACGACGACGAUGACGCCAUCGAGAAGCUGAAGCUCUCCGCGAAGCUCUCCGAAGCCCCGAUGGAGAGGUUCUUCAUGCCCGAGCCCGAGAAGCUGCAGUUUCCUCAGCACAAGCAGAAGCAGAAGCAGAAGCAGAAGCAGCAGCAGCAGAAGGCGUCGUUCUCGGAGCAAGAAGAAGCCGCGGAAGCGCUUCUCGCCAGCGUCUUCGCGAGCGUCUCCGCGGUGAAAGCAGCGUACGCCGAGCUCCAGCUCGCGCAGUCGCCGUACGACCCCGACGCGAUCGAGUCCGCGGACCGCGCCGUGGUCGCGGAGCUGAAGCGGCUCUCCGAGCUGAAGCAGUGCUUCUUCAAGAAGCAGCUCCCCGCGCCGCCGCUCGCCCUCCCGGCGCAGGUCGAGGAGCAGCGCCACGUGCUCAGGACCUACCAGAUCACCGCGCGCAAGCUCGAGUCCGAGAUCGCGCUCCGCGAUGCCGAGGUCCUCUCCGCGCGCGACGACCUCCGCGGCGCCGAGCAGCGCGUCCGCGCCCUCGAGGCGCGGCUCCGCCCCGGGCGCUCCCUCGCGGCGCUCGACGACCUCCACCUCUCCGGCCUCAACCCCACCCACUUCCUCACCGCGCUCCGCUGCGCCGUCAAAUCCGUGCGCUCCUUCGCCAAAUCCAUGGCGCGCGAGAUGGAGUCCGCGGGGUGGGACCUCGCCGCAGCCGCAGCCGCCGCCGCCGCGGCGGGCGCCGGCCGCGGCGCGAUCGCUCCGCACCCGGCGCAUCGGAGGUUCGCGUUCGAGUCCUACGUCUCGCGGAAGCUGUUCUCCGAUUUCCACCGCAAGGGUUUCAACGUCGCCUCCUUAGACGAGGUCGGGACCGAUUGGAGCCGGCGCCGAUUCUUCGACGAGUUCACGGAGCUCAAAUCCGCGAGGGCGAAGCACUUCCUCGACGCGGGGGCCCCGCGAUCGCCACUGGGGAGGUUCUACAGGGCGAAGUACCUCACCCUAGUCCACCCCAAGAUGGAGUCGUCCUUCUUCGGGGAUCUCGAUCAGAGAGCGCUCGUAAGCUCGGGGCGGGGGUUCCCCGACACGCCGUGGUUCGCCGCGUUCGCGGAAGCGGCGCGGCGCGUGUGGCUCCUCCAAUGCCUCUUCUUCGCCUUCGAGGGCGAGGGCGAGGGCGAGGGCGAGGGCGAGGGCGAGGAGGGGAAGGUGACGGAGAGGGAUCGCAUCAUAUUCCAAGCGCGGAGAGGGGAGAGGUUCUCGGAGGUGUACAUGGAGAGCGUGGCGGAGAACGGCGGCGGCGGCGGCGGCGGCGGCGGCGGAGGGACGUCGCCGAUCGUAGGGUUUACGGUGGUGCCGGGGUUCAGAGUGGGGAGGACGCUGAUACAGUGUAAGGUGUAUCUCGCUUCGGGAGAUGGACGGUCGUGAUUGGCUGCGCCUUAUCGUGGGUGGUGGGGCCCGAUCGCGACCCCUGGCGCGUUGUAAGGUCACGAUGCGAUCAGGUGGGUUUUUCUCUCGGUGGGCCCCGGUUGCUCUCUUAGUCUUUAAACGCUGUAUUUAUAUAUAACAUCAUCUUCAGUAGCAUAAUAAUAUUAUUACUAUAUUAUUAUAGACGCCUCCUUUUUGCUAUAGAGUCUCUAUUUUGGUCGUAUUUUGUUUGUAUAUACAGAAGCAUUAAUUAAGGGACGUGAUGGUAUAAAGCUGGUUUCUUUAUAAAGUAAA